AUGAAGUGGCUUUGGAUCCUCGGCCUGGUGGUCUUCUUAGAGUGCUUAGUCAGAAUCCCCUUAAUGAAGAUCAAGACCUUGCGAGAAACCCUCAUGGAGAAAAACCUGGUGACAUAUUUCCUGGAGGAGAACACAGAUGUACAGUCCCAGAAUGUCACUGAUGACCCCCAAUUUACUCUUCUACCCCUGAGGAAUGCCAUGGCUCUGGUCUACUUUGGAAACAUUACCAUUGGAACACCCCCUCAAGAGUUCACAGUCAUCUUUGACACCGGCUCAUCUGACUUGUGGGUGCCCUCAAUCUACUGUUCCAGUCCCAUCUGCCGUGCAAGCAGGCUCUUCAACCCUCACUUAUCCACUACCUUCCAGCACACAUGCAAGGUCUUCGAAUUCAAAUAUGGCUCUGGGACGAUUGUUGGAUCUCUUGGCUAUGACACCGUUCGGAUUGGGAACCUUGUCAACCUGGGCCAGGUAUUUGGCCUGAGCAAGAGGCAGAUUGGGUUUGAAGUUGCACCCUUUGAUGGCAUCCUGGGCCUGGCCUAUCCCAGCCUUGCCCUUGAAGGUACCACCCCCGUCUUCGACAACCUGAAGACACAAGGCGUCAUUUCUCAGCCUGUAUUUGCCUUCUACUUGAGCAACCAGAAGGACAAUGACAGUGUGGUGAUGUUUGGAGGGGUGGACCACAGCUACCACAGAGGGCAACUCAAGUGGAUACCAGUGUCCAAAACCCACUUCUGGCAGAUAGCCAUGAACCGCAUCACCAUGAAUGGGGUGGCUGUUGGUUGUUUCAACGGCUGCCAGGCCUUUCUGGAUACUGGGACCCCGUUGCUGCUUGGCCCAACUAGACUGGUCACCACCAUCCAGAAGUUCAUCAACGCUACACCUUCGGGUCGAGAGUACGAGGUUCCAUGUAGUUCUAUCACUCAACUGCCUCCCUUCAUCUUCGACAUCAGUGGCAAUGAAUAUCCAGUGCCCGCUCAAGCCUACAUCUGGAAGAAUCCCCAGGGCCGCUGCCUCAGCAACUUUCGAGGGGACAAUCACCACUCAAACAAGGUGGAGACUUGGGUCCUGGGUCACGUCUUCCUGAAGCUGUAUUUCUCAGUUUAUGAUCGGGGAAACAACAGGAUUGGCCUGGCUCCCGCAGUGUAA